UUCGUGAUAAUUCGUGAUGUUAUCAUGGAUUCUAAUAAGACUAUCGAGUUGACGAAAUUAAGAGUCGUAAUAUUUUAUGAGAAAUAAAAUAAACGUACAAGGAUGUUUAAGAUUGGCACAAAAAUUGAAAGAAUUUUAAACGUUUGGAGAUUUUCAAGAUAUCAAAAUGGUGGAUAUGCGGGUAGGAAAUCAAAAUACGAUAUACGAAGGGAGAAUCUAUGUCAUUCGACGUUAAACCGGCUCGGUAAGGUAAACCCUAUUAAGAGGACGGUUUUCAAUGUGAUCUUUACCAUCUCUCACGAGUCGAAUGUCAGAAAUAAGGAAAGAUAUUUUCGUCCGCUCGUAAAAGUCGAAGAGAACGGGGGUUUCUUUAGCGGUAUAGUCGAAGCAAUUUUGAUAAUCGCAAGGCUCGUGGUCAUAACGUUUGCCGCCAUUAUCUUGGCCACGGCUUUUUUAAUAAUACGACUGACAAACUCUGAAGUUUUUCCGGGUAUCCUGCGAAGAGUAAUUAUAUUCCUGGGUCCAACUUUUAUCAAAUUUGGUCAAUGGAUGUCGACAAGAAAGGAUCUAUUUCCCGAAAAUAUUUGUAAUUCUCUAACUCAGUUACAACGCAAUUCAUCAUGUCAUUCAUGGUUAUAUACAAAAAAUUUAUUCAAAGCAACGUAUGGACCAAAUUGGAGAGACGUUUUUGUUAAAUUCGAAGACGAAAUACCUAUCGGUUCGGGAUGUUGUGCCCAGGUUUACAAGGCGUGGGUCGAUCUUAACGUUCAUGCAGGAAGGAUACAAGAGUCCCGACUAUCGUGUUUCGUCGAAAGUAAGCUAGAAAGUGAUCUUCUCGAAUAACGUGUUGGUAAUACUAACGCGAACGAUUUUGCGGGAAUCGAGAAUGUAUGUUCGAUGUGGAAAAUAUAGCUGUGUUUGAUAUUACCAUUUUGCAGUUAUGGAAUAUUUAAAUAUGGGACAUUUCUUCACCAUAUUGGAGAAAAUAUUUACUACUGACGAGCACGAAAAGAUCGGUCAAAUUGAUAGAAAAUUGCAGCCAGUUGCCGUUAAAGUCCUUCAUCCUGGCAUAAAAAAUCAAAUAAAGAGAGACUUGAAAAUAAUGCGAAUCUUUAGUAAACUCGCCACGUACGUCGUUCCGGAGUUACAUUGGCUGAGUCUAACCGAUUGUAUCGACGAAUUUUCAUUAAUUAUGGAACAGCAAGUCGACAUGAGAUUAGAAGCCGAUAAUUUGAUAAGGUUUACAAAUAAUUUUAUAAAAACAGAAAAAAUCGUUUUUCCACAUCCUUAUAUGGAAUUUACACGCAAUCAAAUAUUGGUAGAAACUUUUCACGAAGGCUCACCAAUAUCCGAUUAUCUCGAUUACGAGGAUAACAAAGUGCAACAUAAAUUGGCGAAGCUCGGUAUCACGAUGAUUCUUAAAAUGGUAUUCAGCGAUAAUUUUAUACAUUGCGAUCUCCACCCGGGCAACAUUUUGGUCCAGGAAGUAAAGAAACCGAAAUCAACAUUUCUCGAUCCUUUUUUGAGCGUCAUUAGCUCUGAUUAUACGGAGAAUGAUCCAAGACUGGUAAUACUCGACUGUGGUUUGGUGGUAUCCCUGAAUAAUCGUUGUCGAAAACAUCUUCGUGAUAUCUUUCGAUCGGUAUUGAUGGGAAAUGGUGAACUCGCGGCGGAAUAUAUAUUGGAACAUACUUUCCAUAUGACACCGGAUCCAGAUGGUUUCAAAACUACGAUGAAUAAUAUAGUGACGACUUAUCUUAAAAAUCCAGGCAACUUUAAUAACGUGAAUGUAAGUACCGUUGUGUCUGAAUUAUUUUCCGCGAUGGUUCGUCACCGGGUGAAGCAGGACGGAUCCUUUAGCAGCGUGAUUCUCAGUAUGGUAGUGAUCGAGGGGCUCGGCCGAAGUCUAGAUCCUAAUAUCGAUAUCUUCUCCGAAGUUCUUCCAUUUGUUUUCAAUAAUACCGUGUACGGUUAAAAGGAAAAAAAGAAAAAAAGAAAGAAAGGAAGAACAUCGUCCUGUUAAUUACAUUGGACUCAUUGAUUGUAUUGGAUGUAUAUUUACGAUAGUUACAUAGAGAAAUGAUUACAAGAGUUGGGUUACGUUAAUGGAUAAAAUUCUUUGAUAACUCGCUCGGGAAAGAAGAAGAAGAAUCGGAUCCACUUAACAUUUCGUUGGAGGCGACCUCGUGUGUCUCUGAGUCUUAUUAGGGAGCCCGCUGUAAAGUCCACGAAGAUACGAGCAGCCUUCUUAUUUGC